AUGGCGCCGGCUCCCGCUCCCGCCGCUCGGGGCUGGCCCCGCGCCCUCCUGGGCCGCGUCCUGCCCGCCCGGCCCUACGGCCGCAGCGCCGCCGGCGGGGGCCCGGCCCGGGCCGCGGGGCUGUACGAGCUGCUGGGCGUGUCGGCCAGCGCCACGCAGGCGCAGAUCAAGGCGGCCUAUUACGAGCAGAGCUUCCGCUGCCACCCGGACCGCAACGCGGGCAGCGAGGAGGCGGCCGCGCGCUUCACCGCGCUGCACCAGGCCUACGCCGUGCUGGGCAGCGCCGCCCUGCGCCGCAAGUACGACCGGGGCGCGCUGAGCCGCGAGGAGCUGAGCUCGGCCGGGAGGCCCUCGGCCCGCGCGCCCGGCCAGCGCAGCGCGGCCGCCCGCCGCCCCCCCGGCGCGCCCGUCUUCGACUUCGACGCCUUCUACCGCGCCCACUACGGCGAGCAGCUGGAGCGGCAGCAGCUGCUCCGCGAGCGGCGCCAGCAGCGCAAGCGGCAGCAGGAGGAGGCGGCCAGGAGGUGGCAGGGGGAGAGGCUGAUGGAGUUCUCGGUCUCCGUGUUCCUGUUCUCCGCCCUGGUGCUGCUGUUCGGCAUGAGGUGAAGCCCCGGAGCUCCCCGACCUGCCGGAAAGCGGCCUGGCUAAAUGCGCCGCACCCCCGGACUUGGCCCAAGGGUUUGGCUGUGCCGACGGACAGGCCCACACGGGGAAGGGGAGCUGCGGAGAUCUCUACGAUUCGGUCGUUAACGAGCCUCGUGCUUUUGCAAGGACGCCUUAGGGCAGCUGAAAUGCCAUUAAAAUAUCUUCACAAAUCG